UGCUGCUGCUGCUGCUGCUGCUGCUGUUGCUGCUGUUGCUGAUGCUCGGCGCUGCGAGCGCGCGACGGAGGGACGACACCAUCACGCAUACCAUCGCGCAAUACGCAUCCGGAGAAGUACACGCGCACGCGAACGAGCUAGCGAGCAAACUUAUACAUCGCAUACCAUCGCGCAAACGCAAGUGUCGCUUACGGCCGUACGAUAUAUCGACUGCAUACGCGCACGCACGUACGUACGCACGCGGGAAUAUACGUAGACACGCUCGUGGAUACGGAUGAGGGAGCUCUAAGGAGGUGUACUCCAAUUCGCGCCAAAGCACGAAAUGUCAAGCGGUGCUGAAGGACACGAUCGCUUUGAACCGCUUCAGUUUCAUCUUUAAAACUUGUCUACCCCCCCCCUCUCCUUUCUGUUACCAUCGGCGGCUCUCGUGUAUCGUCGUCUUGACUCUCAAAGGGUUGGCGAUUGUCAUCGAGAUAGUUUGGUCGGUGUCGGUGCGAGUGUGGUGUUUAAAAUGCGAGAUUCCCCUUUCUUUUCGGGGAAUCGCAACGUGCACGUGCAAAAAAGUGAAGUGCCUCAGAGUGCAUGACCGAGUGUGAGGGUCGUUACUAUUUAACAUCGUUACCCGUGAUUGUUGUUCAUGCACCCGGCGGUUCUUGCGACGUGAUUUCGUGAUUGUUGCAGCGUAAGCAAUCUGCGAGUGAUAGAAAAGUCGAUUGGAAUCGUGGAACAAUAAUCUUCAAUUAAGUGCGAUAUCUUCAUGAGGAUCGAGAAAUACAGGACAGGAUUCGAUUCUUUGUGGAUCUCGAACUAUGAAGUUGAAGAUUUGGAAAACUAGAGGACUAUCGAGUUGAAGAUUUGAAGAAGAUUGGAGAACCAAAAAUAAAAAAGAAUAAUUUAGAAGAAAAAUAACGUGUUAAAGAAUGAGGCUUUGACUUUGAUAUCAUCGAUAAGUGUUUACGUAUACAAUUCAAGCAUUCAAGCGAUAAUUGGAGAACAGACGCGUCGGUUUAUCUGUGAUUCUCUGCAACUAUGAUAGGUGUCGGAUAUCUCUCGUACAGUUUGUUUCGCGAUUAUGGGUUAUUUAUCGAGAAGUUCAGGACAGUGAAGAAGUGAGUGAAGAUAAAACGUGACUUCUAACUGCGAUAUUUGAUAUAUUAACGUCAAAUUGACGUCUAAAUUGUCAAGGAUAUUGACUGUACUCCAAGAUUUUGCAUUUCUCAAGAAUAGAGACUGCUUCAGUUCGAGAAAUUGUCCGGCUGAAACGGACUGAGCUGAAUCCACAGUCGGCCCCGUCGUCGUCGUCGGUUGAAUCGCGUCUCACGGGUCGGAAACCGGCAGGGUGGUUCGAGGCGGGACGGUAGGCGCGGACGCCCUGGCGACUGCCGGGGUGGUUUACCCGGCCGCGACGGCGACGUUGUUCCCUGGCCGGGUGCCAGCCGGACACCACCACCCCGAGUUCACCACCACGUUGGAGCUGGGGUUCCCGGCGCGCGGCACCACCGCCUCGAUGGCGUUGGUCGCGCCGCCGCCCUCCUGGGCCUCGCGGGACCCCGGGGCCGCCCUGGGCGCAGCCGGCGGCGGUAGCGGUGGCGGCGGCGGGCCCCUUCAAGUAGGUCCGCCGCCGCCGAUGCCGCCCGCGCAUCUGACGCCCUCGGCUACGCCGGAGGAUAUUACCUGUCUGGUACCCGCCGGCUCAGUUUUGGCCUCGAGAGAUCCCUUGCCACCCAGCACUACCCCCGGCAGCCAAGCCAACAGCUCGCAGUCCGGCAGCUCGCAAACGGAUAAAUCGCCGAACAUCGAGUGCGUCGUCUGCGGGGACAAAAGCAGCGGCAAACAUUACGGACAAUUCACUUGCGAAGGAUGCAAGAGUUUCUUCAAAAGGAGUGUCAGGCGGAAUCUGACAUACUCGUGUCGAGGGACCAGAAAUUGUCCAAUCGAUCAACACCAUAGAAAUCAGUGCCAGUUUUGCCGCUUGAAAAAGUGCCUGAAGAUGGGCAUGCGCCGGGAAGGUAUGCACUCUGUGCAGAGAGGGCGAGUGCCGCCGUCGCAACCCUCGUUGCCGGGUUUGCCGGGCCAGUUCGCCUUGACGAACGGGGACGCGGUCGCGUGUGCCAGCCUAAACGGACACUCUUACCUCUCGUCGUACAUAAGCCUGCUGCUGAGGGCGGAGCCUUAUCCGACCUCGAGAUACGGCCAGUGCAUGCAACCCAACAACAUCAUGGGCAUCGACAAUAUCUGCGAGCUCGCGGCACGACUGCUCUUCUCGGCGGUCGAGUGGGCCCGGAACAUCCCGUUCUUCCCGGAUCUUCAGGUGACGGACCAGGUGGCCCUGCUUAGGCUAGUGUGGAGCGAGCUGUUUGUCCUGAACGCGAGCCAGUGCUCGAUGCCUCUUCACGUGGCGCCGCUUCUAGCCGCGGCGGGCCUUCACGCCUCGCCGAUGGCGGCGGACCGCGUGGUCGCCUUCAUGGAUCACAUCAGGAUCUUCCAGGAGCAGGUGGAGAAACUCAAGGCGCUCCACGUCGACUCCGCGGAGUAUAGCUGCCUCAAGGCCAUCGUCCUCUUCACCACCGACGCCUGCGGUCUCUCAGACGUAGGGCACAUCGAAUCUCUCCAGGAAAAAUCGCAGUGCGCCCUGGAGGAAUAUUGUCGGACCCAAUAUCCGAAUCAGCCGACGAGGUUCGGCAAGCUGCUGCUGCGACUACCGUCGUUGCGUACGGUGUCGUCGCAGGUGAUCGAGCAGCUCUUCUUCGUGCGGUUAGUAGGCAAGACGCCGAUCGAGACGCUCAUCAGGGACAUGCUGCUGAGCGGCAACAGCUUCAACUGGCCGUACAUAUCCACGAUGUGACACUCUGUCUGGCGGCAGCUAGCUUCCGCAUAAUAUUACACCUCGAACAGCGGUGUCGCGGCGCCCGACGAUGACCCGCGGGCUCGAUUCGCAUACGGAUAGAGAAGAGUCGAGCGUGGCGACUCCAGGAUGGACGACACCGCGAAUCCCGAAUAUGCUCGACACGACGCAAAGAACGACGGAACAGCGAGGGAACCCUGUCUUGCUUUUGUCGCUCGAAGUCGCCCGAGAAUCGACGCGUCAUUCUCGUCGAUCGUCGUCGUUGACUCGAUUAUGUAUCCGCGUUGCUUCGUUUCAACCGCGUGACGCGUUAAAGAUAUUUCUCUAUUGAUGACUUGUACUCGCGCUUUGCUGGACCGAUACGAUACUCACGGAUUAAAAUUUCAGUCAAAACUUAAGGAUUUUACUCGUACUCGACAAGUUAACAAGAGGACGCGCGUCGGGGACGGAAGCGAAGGAUUACGGAUGAAAUAGCGAGAUUGAGGAGAAUUGAGCGAGAUCAUUAACGGAGUUCAGUCGAGGGUGAUAGGAUAAUGCGCGUGAAGCGGCGAGAAAGGUGGGCGUGCGAUGAGGAGAGGAUUGUCUUGUUCGUUGGAGAAGAGGAAUUUUCGGUGACGUGCGAGGAAAGAGAGAGAAAGAGAAAGAAAGACGGGGGAGAAAAAUAUUUAAUAAAGACGUUGCUCAUUCAGAGAAUCGCGGAGGCGCCGAGUGGCCCGACAGCGCCCAGGAACAUCUACUGGGCGUUAAAACUUGGUACUCACUAAAGUGGUCGAGCCGAAAGAGAGGGAGGGAUUUUAUGCAUACAAGGAGCUCGUCAGUUAUUUCAUGCGUAUGUAUGUGUGUGCGUCGGUGAAAGAGCGAGGGAAAGCGAGUGAACAAGAAUGAAUGAGACGGAAAAAGAGAGAGAAAAAGAAAGAGAGAUUGAAAGAGAUAUAGGAGGUUUGAGGGAGGAGGGAUAGAUAGAUAGAUAAGCGUUUUGUUAUAUGAUAAAGGAUGAAAUAAAGAGUGAGAGGGGUGGAAGCGAGAGGGAGGACGAGCGUGGCGUGAAGAAGUCAUAAAUUAGCAUUUAUAAUCAACGAUGAGAGAGAGGGGAGGGAGAGAGAGAGCUGGUGGAUCUCCCAUCGCUAUCUCGAAUCAAUCUUCGCGUCGAGUACUCACUAUUAGUCGAGUCAUGCCAUGGGCCUUAGUCAUUCGUCUUGACGCCUCCUCUACGAGGCUGCGUUCUCCAAGUUCAUAGCCCGUGAAACAUUCUUUCGGAAAUAUCCCUUUCGGUCGGACGACGCUCGCGUCUGCACGCACACCAUAGAUCUAAAUUCCACAACGUCGCUUUCGUCGAACUUGUUCGUGAUUUUCGAGGAUUAUCAAACGGUAAGUCGCGAUUUCAUCUUGGUUAUUUUUAUAUAGCUAUGCGAUCGAAUAUCCUGAUUCUUCGAGGACUCUUCUAGAAUGUAGGAUCCUCUCCUUAGAACCUCAGAUGCGAUUUCAAUCAUUGUCUUAUAAUAAAAUAAUUUGUAAACUGU